CAACAUGCGUUUCAGAACAGCUAAAUAAAAACCACAAUCUGCUGCUUUUUCCAAACCCUGCAGGCCAACAAGAGCAGACAUAAUCCUGCGAACAAAAAAGUGCUUGCAGGAAGACAAGAACCAAAUGCUUUCAUUUACUCUUUUAUCAGUCUUUUAGCUCAGAGAACUUGGAGAGAUGGCAGAGAAAGACUUUAGGACUUUAUCAGAGGAAAUCUGUUCCUUCUGUCUGGUUACCGAGGCUCGUUCAGGGACACAAGUUAUCCAGCCCUUCCCACGCUCUCCAAAACUGAUCAGAAGAACUGGAGCCAUCUCUCCAAAACCCUUAGAGCUGCCAGUGUUGGAUGACUUGAAGAAGGAGAGGAACAGAACAGAGUCCCAUCUGGAAUCUAUUAAAAAACGGCAAGCAAACCUGAAUAUGGGUUCAGAGGCAAUGAAGCAGCAGGUACAGGAGUGCUUUGAGGAGCUACAUAUGGCUCUGCAGGAGGAUGAAAAGGCUGUUCUGGACAUGAUAGAGCAAGACCGCCGGGAGACCAGCAGUAAACUAAACCGAAUUCUUCAAGACUGGAAUCAACACCUUGGUCUCCUGCAGAAACACAUCAGCACUAUUCAGUCAACUCAACAGAGCCCAGCAGAAUCCACGAAGCAGCCUUUUCCUGGGGAUUUUACCUGUCAUAAGAAACUGGACCGAGCUGAAGAGGAGAUCAAAAUGAAUGAGGAAAGGAUCCAUAAGCUCACGAAGGUUCUUAGGAACAUCUCAAAAGAUCUGAAAGCCCAGCUACAACGAAAGAACCUGCUAUUAGACUCCUCUAAUGUUGUGAUUGACAAACAGACCUGUCACAAACAGAUCAAGGUGACCUCAGAAGGACGGGGCCUGUGCCUUUCCUCAGAGGACCGCUGCAUUCCCAAUGACCCUCUAAGGUUUGAUCAGUUAUACUGUGCCUUGGGCUCUGUUGCUAUUAAAUCUGGCCAGCACUACUGGGAGGUAGAUGUGCACUGCUGUUCAUCAUGGGCUGUGGGCAUGGCUUAUGGCAGCCUACAGAGGAGAGGGCGGGACAAAGGUGCCAAGCUCGGACGGAACAGGAGCUCGUGGAGUCUUGAGUUUCAGGAUGGGCAUCUCACGGCCUGGCACAACGAUCGACAUGUGGCACUACCAGUCACAGCAGCUCGGGCAGCACCAAACAGAGUAGGGGUGUUUGUAAAAUAUCAGAAGGGUCGUUUGGUGUUUUAUGAUGCUGAGACUAUGAGAACGCUGCAGGAGUUUUCAGCCAUCCAAACGGCUGUGUUUGACAGAGCGCAUCAUCAAUUCACUGAGCCUCUCUACCCAGCCUUCCGCUUUUUUUCACCCAAAGACAAAGGGCAUCAUCAUAUGGAAAUAUGCAAUCUCAGUCUUUAAUUAUUAUAAGCAAUAUUGAAAAUGGUUGUGCUGUGUAAUUUGUUUUGUCUUUGAUAAAAAUAACAUUAAAGUAGAAAUCUUGGUAACAUUAUUUUAUAAUAUUACUGACACUUUUGAUCUAUUUAAUGAGUCUUUGAAUAGAAGUGUUAAUUUCUUUAAAAAGACCCCAAACUUUUGAAUGGUAAUGUAUAUUAUAUUUCUUAGAUACAGGACAAUCUCUCCGAGCAUCAGUUAUUAAUAGUGCAAGCAUAUAAUAUAUAAUACAUAUAUACUGUCUUGUACCAAAAAAGCAAGGUACACUUUAAGGAACAGUCUACUACUUAAGUCUACUCUACUACCUUAUGCAAAACAAUGUAAAUUUGAAAAGUUAAGA